GUAGCCGCCUCAGCCUGUGCUUCAUCCCUUUACCACCCUUAGAGCUGGGUCCACGUCGUUACCUGCGCGAGGGGAUAGGGAGGCAGGACCUGCGGCAGCGCGUUCCCAGUUCGCUCGGUCUGGGCUGUUCCCUUCCCUCGGGCAGGUGGCUGGGGUCGGCGGGAGAAGCUAGGGGGAGGCCCUCGGCAGCGCCAUGUCAGCGGGCGGCCCGUGCUCGGCGGGGCCCGGCGGGGUCUCCGGGGGUGCUUCCUGCGCCUCAGGGGUGCCCCCCGGGGGGGUGUCGAUGUUCCGGUGGCUUGAGGUGCUGGAGAAGGAGUUUGACAAGGCCUUUGUGGACGUGGACCUGCUCUUGGGCGAAAUCGACCCGGACCAAGCGGACAUCACUUACGAGGGGCGCCAGAAGAUGACCAGCCUGAGCUCCUGCUUCGCACAGCUCUGCCACAAAGCCCAGACCGUGUCCCAAAUUAACCACAAGCUCGAGGCACAGUUGGUGGAUCUGAAAUCUGAAUUGACAGAGACCCAGGCUGAAAAAGUGGUAUUAGAAAAAGAAGUUCAUGAUCAACUUUUACAACUGCACUCCGUUCAACUUCAGCUGCAUGCCAAAACUGGCCAGAGUGUUGACUCUGGUACCAUUAAGGCAAAACUGUCUGUCCCUUCUGUGGAAGAACUGGAGAGAGAACUUGAAGCAAAUAAAAAAGAAAAAAUGAAAGAAGCUCAACUUGAAGCUGAGGUGAAGCUAUUAAGAAAGGAGAAUGAAGCCCUUCGUAGACACAUAGCAGUUCUCCAGGCGGAAGUUUAUGGGGCGAGACUGGCAGCCAAAUACUUGGAUAAAGAAUUGGCAGGAAGAGUCCAACAGAUCCAGUUACUAGGUCGAGAUAUGAAGGGACCUGCUCAUGAUAAACUUUGGAACCAAUUAGAAGCUGAAAUCCACCUGCAUCGUCACAAAACAGUUAUUAGAGCCUGUAGAGGACGUAAUGACUUGAAACGAUCAAUGCAAGCACCGCCAGGACAUGAUCAAGAUUCCUUAAAGAAAAGUCAAGGUGUUGGUCCAAUUAGAAAGGUUCUUCUCCUCAAGGAAGAUCAUGAAGGACUUGGCAUUUCAAUUACAGGUGGAAAGGAACAUGGUGUUCCAAUUCUUAUCUCUGAAAUCCAUCCUGGACAACCUGCUGAUCGUUGUGGAGGACUGCAUGUUGGAGAUGCCAUUCUGGCAGUCAAUGGAGUUAACCUGAGAGAUGCUAAGCAUAAAGAAGCUGUAACUAUUCUUUCCCAGCAGAGAGGAGAGAUUGAGUUUGAAGUAGUUUAUGUUGCUCCUGAGGUAGAUUCUGAUGAUGAAAAUGUGGAGUAUGAGGAUGAGAGUGGACACCGUUAUCGUUUGUAUCUUGAUGAAUUAGAGGGAAGUGGAAAUCCUGUUGCUCAUCGGAAAGGUGCAAGCGGGGACAUAAAGCUAUUACAAGGCUUUAAUAAGAAACCAGUAAUUGAUGGUCAUGAAAAUGGAGACCUGGGAACCUCGAGUGAAACUCCCCUCGAUGACAGUGCAUCCAAGUUAGCUGAGUCAGCAGAAUCUUUGUCAUAAAUAGUUUAUUAAAUUGACUUUUCUGCAGGCAAUAUUGUUACUCAGACUUUUAUGGAUUUUAUAUUCUAGGGGAGAUUGUGAAAAGGACUAUCUAAAAAUAAAGGGAGGCUGUUGUUUAUUGCCUAAGUAAAAGGCAGUUACCUCAGGGCUUCAUUGUGAGCAAUUCUAAAUGUUUAAAACUCUCCGUUUUCUGUGAUAAACCAUAAUUAGCAAUUGCAUGUAAAGCAAUUUUUAUUUUCUUAAAAUUGUAAGCACCAAAGCAUGUGUUUCCCAAAGGGAUAUUACUAAUCUUUUAAGGUACAAAAUGAAGCAUAAUUGUUUCAUUUGGUUCCUUUUUUUCACUUAACAGAAGGACAGUGUUA